AUGCCCGGCGGUCCACAUCCUCCUCUAUCGGUCGUUGCCUCAUGGCCGGCUCCGAACUAUGUUAAUCCUGAAGGGAGGGGCAGGGUGACGACUAUCAUUGCGGGUAUCCUGUCACCAAUUACCUUCUUUGUUAUUUUCGCAAGAAUUUGGGUCCGAUUCUAUCUACAGCGAAAUCCUGGCUUGGAUGACUGGCUUAUGAUAGCUGCCCUUGUAUGCUCCCUAUCUCCAAUUAAGACAUACACGCACUCACAUGCCUAUCACAGCGGCAUACAUAUAUGGGAUGUCGAUCUCACCUUGUUCACAAUACAGAGGAAGCUCAUAUUAGCGAUAGAGAUGCUUGUGCUCCUCGUUGGAGGACUUGUGAAAGUCUCUAUUCUACUGUUCUUUCGUCGCCUGGGUUCACGCGGUGUCUCGAAAGCCUUUCGAUUCGUCACCUGGACUGCAAUUGGGGUCCAAACCGCUUCCACUAUCGCUUUCGUUACCGGUUUCUUUUUUGUCUGUCGCCCUAUGUCUGCUUACUGGGAGCAGUCGGAUGUCAUCAAGAUAGCACAAGGAGUGAAGUUCAAUUGCUACGACGAGGGCGCUGCCAUAGUCUCUGCCGGCGUGAUUUCCACGGUGCAGGACGUAGUCACCGCUCUGUUGCCAAACUUCAUAUACUGGAAAGCAAAGAUUCCGAUUCGCCAGAAAGUGGCUCUGAUGGGAAUAUUUGCUACCGCUUACGGGGCUGCCACAUUUGGGGCACUACGAACGCACGCAACCUGGGUUCUAUUCUAUGAGACUUACGAUGUCUCUUGGCAGCUUUGGGAAGUCUGGAAUUGGACACUUCUUGAGGCUCACAUAGGCAUCAUCUGUGCUAAUGCACCAGCGCUCAAGGCCUUUGUGAAACAGUACCUCGAACCCAUCAAGUCUAUUGCAUCGAAACCUCGA